AUGGAGAAGUUUGAGUCUAUCUUUGUGUCUCUUCUCCAGAUUGUGUUUUACGAGGACAAAGACUUUCAGGGAAAGUCUUAUGACUGCAAAGGGGACUCUCCUGACCUGCAUGGCUUCAUCCACAAAUGCAACUCUGUCAAGGUAGAAGGGGGGUGGUGGGUUCUGUACGAGCGCAACAACUAUACCGGCUACCAGUAUGUCAUCGGUCCAGGGGAGUACAAUGACUAUAGCCACUGGAUAGGUUUCAAUGACUGCAUCAGGUCCUGCAGGAUCAUCAAAAAUGCCAAAGGGCCGUGGAAACUGAAGAUGUUCAACCGACCGAACUUUGACGGGGAGUCCCUGGAACUGUCCGAAAACAUGAAGUCAGUACAGGAAAAAUGGCUCCGGCGUGAAGUCCAGUCCUGCAAGGUUCUUGAAGGGUGCUGGGUGUUCUUCGAACACCCCAACUUCAGUGGUCGCCAGUACCUGCUGGAGAAAGGCGAGUACCGCCACCACUCCGAGUGGGGAGCCCUGAAAGCAACUGUGGGCUCCAUCAAGAUCAUCGUGGAGAUUUUACCGUCAGCCAGUUAGAGCUUCUCAUGAUGCCGUUCAAUAAAAGUCCCUGACUCAAA